AUGAACUGGAUUGACAAGUACAAUGUGACUGUACCAUGUUACGAGGUCAUUGGCUCUAAGAUUUUUUUCGUUAUCAAGCUCAUGAAGAAUGAAAAAGGUGUUUGUGCUCCAGUGGUGACCUUGUCAUCAUCCAAUGAGGUUUUAACGACUUUACGGUCGUAUUCGCAGUUCCGACAUCUCUGGAAGACACUUCGUGAGCGUCUGAAUGAACCGCUUGAAACUACACGACGUUACCAUCCGCUGACAUUCAACUUGGUGCAGACUUGUCAUUGUGCUCAGGACCACUGCGUGUUUGACGCACUGCAUCCGAUAUUGCAGUCGUUUGCGUUUCCAUCACGUCGGUCGCUUCGAUCCAAGCUGUCAGGUCUUGACCACAUCGCCAUCAAUGCGCGUCGAAAUGCUCUCUCAGCUUUCGUCACGCUUGUACAAGAUUUUUUCAGCACCUUUGCUAGUGUGGCAUUGCAGGACAUUAAUUGUUUGGUACUCAAGACGUACGUGGACUUUCUAGACGCUGCGAAGCACUUUCCGAUCGACGUGUCGGCUGCGCUACAUCGUCCGUUAGUCUUGAGUGGAUGGAGACAACAAUGCGUUAACCGGGGUAGGCUGGGGCAAGACAAAGAUGACGGAAAAACCAUCGACAGUGUACCUGAACUAAGCGAAGUGUAUCUUACCGCCCCAUCGAACGCAGUCGAACCUCGAAUUGCGGAGGACUCGACCUCGUUAUUAUCUGAAAGAGACGAGGAAAAACUUGAGCGUCCGCUACUUCUAGCUCUGGAGGUAAAGACCGUGCGAAUUCACACCAUGCAUUCGUUCAUGGAGGAAUUUUGCGAGCAGGUGCUGAGUCAGUUUGCAAGCGACAUUGACGAACUGGACUCGCCCGAGUUCACCCAGACGCGUCGCUGGGAGAUUUGUCUAUACAUGGCGUGCCGAAUUGGCCACACGUAUGCAGUGCAGCUCAUCUUGUUAAACUACGCUGACGCUAACACGGCCUUGGCGGAUGGCUCGUCAUGCCUGAACAUUGCGGCCCGCAUGGGACGAAUUGAAAUUGUUGCGCUUCUCAUCGAAGAAGGUGCGAGCGUGAACAAGGCAAACGAAGCUGGAGUCACGCCACUAGUCGCAGCGUGCCGCAACGGGUGUCUUGAUAUCGUCAAGAUGUUGCUUGAUGCUGGUGCCGAGGUAUCAGCCUGUAGCAAACGCGGCACUUAUCCUCUGCACGCUGCCAUUGUCUCUCAGAAUAUUGAGAUUGUAUCGAUGCUUGUCGAUCGUGGUGCCAACGUGAACGUCAUGACUGCUAGUGGUAUCACACCACUGCACUUUGCAGCCAAACUCGGUGCAGUGGCGCUUUCUGAGUACUUGCUACGCCAUGACGCCGACCUCGAGAAGCGCACGAAGGACGACAGCGACGCAAUGAUGGUUGCGGAGGCCAAUGGCCAUACCACGAUCUGUGAGCUGAUCCAACGGUUCUCGGUUGUGGUUUCGAGCGAACAAGUAGGUUCGGAUCCACAUCAGCAAGAGCGACAAGGUUCUGGUCAUGGUGCAUUUGCUGUUGCAGCGUCGUUUGUCACGUGCAGUCGUCUAAACGAGAGAGUGACGUGCAAAUCUUUUUUCUCAGAAGAUAAUACCUAG